GGGGUUUCUCUUAGACGUUGUUGAGGUCGCAAUUUACUUUCGAUUCAGAUUGUUGCGUACUUUCCUCGUCGUUGUCUUUCCAACAAUAAACACCGUAUUUUGUCAGAGAGCGUCUAAAGGCGAACAAUCAUGAAGGAGUUGGCUUUCCUCGUCGUUUUUCUCUGCGCAUCUCAGUCUAUAAUGGCCAAAGAAGCUUCACCAAAAGUGCAGAUCUACAGCCGCAACCCAGGGAAGUUUGGGACAGACAACGUCUUGAUCUGCCACGUCAGCGGCUUCCACCCACCAGAAAUCAAAAUCGAUUUGCUGAGGAACCAACAGGAAAUAGCUGGUGCCGAGCAGACUGACCUGGCCUUUGAGGAGAACUGGCACUACCACCUCACCAAGCAUGUGUCUUUCACUCCAAACUCAGGAGAGACGUACGUCUGCAGAGUGACGCACGUGGGAAAGACAACAGACUACGUUUGGGAGCCUGAUAUGUGAGGUCUACACAGUGCGUCGCCCCAGGUGUCUUCUGCAUCUAAAGUAGUGAUGAUUGGACUGUGCCUACACAAAUGUUGACUUUCCCCCCCAAAAAAACAGAUUUAGCACUUCAGCUAGUUGAGUGGACAUGCAAAAUGACUCCUAAAGUCAAACAGGGAUAAGAUGCGCACUUUGGGUUUUCCCCAUCUUGCCCCUGCAUCUCAUGGCCUUAAUAACGUCAACGUGCCCUACUUUGAGUCUGCAUGGCAGUCAGAUAGUUGGCAUGUUAGACAAAAUCUAAAAAUAUUAAACAAAACAAUAAAAUUUAUACAGUAUUUGAAAGUGAAAUUCUGCAAAUUAUGUUCAUUAACUACAGUAAAUCUAAAAGUCACGUUUAGUGGCCGUGAAGGACAGGAAUCACCAAGUCCGAAUCAGUGCUCUCACAGCAAACGUAAUCAUCUUGAGACAUUUUACCCUUUUUUAUAUUAUUAAAAUGCAAGUUCCUUUCUACUGAUGUAAAUCUCUGCUUUCCACCUUGCUUUGAUGUUUUAUCUGUAAAUCUUCAAGAAUUAUUUCUAUAAGGAAUUAUUAUGGAAAAAAAUUUCCCCUUCAUGCAAAAAUUAUGAAAUCAUGUGUGUUUCACUUUGGGUUUUUUUUGUAUAAAUAGUCUAAAAAUUAAAUAAAUUGAUCAAAUUUUA